CAAUAGUGCUUUGAAUUUAUAUUUGUGUCAGCCUUUAGCAAUUGGUAAAAGCUGUUAAUUAGUUGGCAAAGAACUCUCGCGCACGUGGGACGCUAAAUUAUUGCACAGCGGACACAUUCCAUGCCAAAAUGCUAGAAGAUUCGUUGAGCGAGUAUUUUCUGUGCAAUUUCAAUGAUGCACAGCACAUUGAGGAUUUGCCGGCUGAUGAGCGACUGCAAAAGCUGUGGAGCAGCCAAGAGCUGUGGUCAGUGGACGAACUACAGACAAUAAUAAAACGAUGGCAAGGCAACGACCAGCUGGAGUUAACUGGCAUCGAGCAGGCAACAGAAUUGCUAAAUGAUUUCCUACAAUUGAUUUUCGCCUUUGUGCAAAAUAAUUUCACUGGACCAUUCGAUAAGCUGGAAGGCUGCACAGAAAUGCUGAAAGACCUGAAGUUGGAGCAGAGUGAGGCGAUGGAGCAGCUAAAGGCCAGCGGCGAGGAGCUGAAUCCAAAUGUAAAGACUGCACAAUUGUUGCUUAUAGCCAAGCAAAUGCUCAAAACUCUGAGCGCUGCACAGCCCGCAUCGAAGGUCAUCUGGUGGUGGCGCCUGCGUUUAGUCUGCCUGCAACAGCACAUCCUGGACGACCUGGCGAGUGCUUUGUACGAGGAGUUCAAGCUGGCAGCAGCUGAGCUGCGUCCCCAUUUAUCUGCUUUCGCUCAGCUGGAGCUACAAGCGCUGCUGCUGCUUGAAUUAGCCAACGGCUAUUUGCAGUUCCAUCGUUCCGAUUUGGCAGCCGAGGUGCUGGAUGAGCUCUGUGCGCAUUUGCAGGUGGAACUAAAUGUGGAGGGUCUGCUCGGCCUGCGCACCAAGUUUCAGCAGAAGGCGCUGCCUCAGCUCUGUCUGAAAGUGGACCAAAAAUCGUCGGAGGAAACUUUGCCCAAAGCUGAGUUCAGCAAUGCUACAACUAGCUUGCCACACUUGCUGCUUCUGGAGGAUGAUACGCGCCUGGAACGUAUUCGAUUUAUAGAUCCAAAGGACAACGAGGUGAUGACGCUGCCCAGCGUUCUGCAAGUCCUCGUGCUGGCCAAGGUCAAGCAACUGAAGCGCUCUCAGCCCAAGGAUCGCCUGGCAGAUGAACAGCUGGAGCCGUAUACGCGAACCUUGCUCUAUCAGCAGCAUGGACCUCUGCAGGUGCGUCAGUCUGCGUUGUUGCUGAACUGCAUCCAGGAAUCCAAUCAGCGGCGCACCGUGGAGCGCAGCUGGAAGCAGUGCGAGGAGUGUGUCAAGCUGCUGGACAACGUGGAGAAGUAUACGCUGCGUGAGCGGCUCUCCUAUGGCUUCGCCUCGUUCCUGCAGCCCAAGUGGCAGGUGCAGCUGCAACUGGUGGAUCUGUUGCGCUCACUUGGCAUGACGAAGACGGCGUUGGAUGUGUGCUUGCAGAUCCAGGCCUGGCAACAGGUCAUCGAGUGCUACACCAGCUUGGAGCUGCGCCACAAGGCGGCAGAGAUAAUACGCCAGGAGUUAGAGAAGCAGCCCACUGUGCUCCUCUAUUGCUUGCUGGGCGAUGCAGUCGAUGAUCCGCAGUGCUACGAGCAGGCGUGGGAGUACUCCAAGCACACCAGCGGCAAGGCUCAGGCCUAUUGGGGCAACUACUUCUAUAGGCGCGCCGAGUACGCAGCGGCCAUCGAUCACUACGAGCUGUCGCUGGAGAUCAAUGCGCUGCAGGAGCCGAUUCUGCUGCGCUGUGGCUACUCUGCCAUCCAGCUGGAGCGCUGGGCAACGGCUGUCAAGUGGUAUUUGGGCUACACGCACCUAGAGCCAAAUGGAUUUGAGUCGUGGAACAACCUGGCCAAGGCGCUCAUCAAGCUGGGCGACAAGGAGCGGGCGCACCGCCUGCUUGGCGAGGCGCUCAAGUGCAACUACAACAACUGGAAGGUGUGGGAGAACUAUUUGCUCGUCUCGGUGGACACCAAUCACUGGGAGGAUGCGAUGCGUGCGUACCAGCAGCUCGGUCAGCUCAAGCAGCAUUUCCUCGACGAGGAGGUGCUCACGCGCAUUGUCUACGGCGUUGCCAGGCAAAUGGAAUCCGAGUCCACGUCGCAAGCUAUGUCCAGCUCGCUGCGUCGCCGCCUAACACAGAUGAUGGGCCACCAGUGCAUUCAGCAUGGCAAUGAGCCCCUGGUCUGGGAACUGGCGGCCCUGGUGGCAGCGACGCCCAUGAAGAAGGCCGAGCGACUGGUCAAAUGCUAUCGCGCCUACACGGCCAAGGAGCUCAACUGGGCGAGCCAGCCGGCGCACGCCAAGAAGGCGCUCAAUCUGUGUUUGGAGGCAGCCGAGCUUUCGAUAGCCGCCAUCAAGGAUCAUGCCGCGGACGAGAGCGAGACCAUGGUAACAUCGCAGCUCAAUUCCUGUCGCCUGGCGACCACCUCCUGCCUCAAUGCGCUAGGAAGCAGGGGGCCGGUGAGCGGUAACAAGGAGCAUGCGGACCAAAUGCAGCUGCUGGAGCAGCAGAACAAACAGCUCGCCAAUAUCGUGUCCCAGCGCAUGAAUUUCAAGUCAAUGUAGAUAAGGUUUAUUAAAACGUCUUUC